AUGUCGACGAGGAUGAUGAUGAUGAUGCCGACGACUGCGACGACGUCGUCGUCCAAGAACAACAACAAGAACAACAAAAAUGAUGAUGCGUUUUUUAGUCGUCGCAGCACGAAUACUAAUGGAAAGAGUUCGAAGAAGAUGGUUCGCGCGAUGGCCUCGGGAGGAGAAACCACAGAAAGGGCGUUCGAUCCUCGCGAGUACCGUCGUCAGCUCGGGAAAUCCGAUCAGUACACGCGUAAAUUCUUGAACGACCCAGAGGCGAAGAAAACUAUGGAAGAUGAAGGCAUCGGGUACUCGAUGACUGGGUUGGUGGCGCAAAUGAAGGAGAAAAACUUUGUCCACGUGGAAGGAGAAGUAACGGUGAAACUGGCGGAUAGCUACGGUUUUUGCUGGGGCGUCGAACGCGCCGUGCAAAUGUGCUACGAGGCGAGGAAACAGUACCCGACGGAGAAGAUGUGGAUUACGAACGAGAUUAUUCACAACCCGACGGUGAAUAUGCGUCUGAGCGAGAUGGGCGUGAACUUUAUCGAAGAGAAGGGUGGGGUGAAGAACUUCGAGCCGGUGCAAUCCGGUGAGGUUGUGGUGUUGCCGGCGUUUGGUGCGUCUAUUCACGAGAUGAAGUUGUUGGCGGAGAAAGGCGUGUCGAUUGUGGAUACGACGUGUCCGUGGGUCUCCAAAGUAUGGAACGCGGUGGAUACGCACGCGAGGAAGGAGUUUACGAGUAUCAUUCACGGUAAAUACGCGCACGAAGAGACGGUUGCUACCGCGAGUUUCGCCAAGACGUAUUUGGUGGUGAAAGAUAUGAAAGAGGCGAGUUGGGUGUGCGAUUACAUUUUGAACGGCACGGCGACCAAGGAGGAGUUUAUGGAAAAGUUCAAAAACGCGCACUCGGACGGGUUCGAUCCGGAAAAAGAUUUGGAUGCGGUUGGUGUUGCGAACCAAACGACCAUGUUGAAAGGAGAAACUGAAGCGAUCGGCAAAUUGUUCGAGAGAACGAUGAUGGAGAAGCACGGGGUUCAAAAUUUGGGCGAGCACUAUUUGGUCACGGAUACCAUUUGCGACGCGACGCAAGAAAGACAAGACGCGAUUUACAAGUUGGUGGACGAAAAGCCAGACAUCAUGAUGAUUGUCGGUGGUUUCAACAGUUCAAACACCUCGCACUUGCAAGAAAUCUCCGAAGAUGCGAACAUCACCUCCUUCUGGGUAGACACCGCGGAUAGAAUCGAUACCGAAAACAACAAAAUCUCCUGGAGAACCUCGCACGGCGAAAUGCGAGAGACUGAAAACUGGUUGCCGGAGGGUAAGUUGACCGUCGGCAUUACCAGUGGCGCGAGUACGCCGGAUAAGGUUGUCGAGGACGUGUUAGAGGCGAUCUUCGCGUCCAAGGCGAAGACCGCGGCUGGCGUGGCUCGAUAA